CCGUUGACCUGAGAUGCUAGGAUAUAACGUGUUUCAGCUUCACAACACACGAAAACUGGAAAACAUACCAAGAUGGUAGUAUAGUGUUUACAGUGUACUCGUCAACACCUUGGUUACGUCAGCUGUGUUGGUAUCAGGUUAUUCUUAUGGGUUAUGACUGGACAUCGGUGCCAAAGAAUUCCAUUCAUUCCACAGGGAAAUGAUACUUUGUGAACGGAUAUUUUGUGUUUUAGUGUUUCACAAUGGUGUUUACAUUUCGUGUCAGCUAUGUGACAGCCAUCUUGACAGACAGUGAUUCGCAAUUUUCCAGCUGGCGUCAGUCAUUGACAAGUGAAUUGGGACCCGUUUGGAGCACCGUGGAAUAUGUUUCUGUGUAAGAAUAAACGUUUUCUGGAGGAAUGAUUGGUAUCAGCGGGUGGUAUGUUAGCGGCCUACACAGCACGUGGUUGUAUUGAACAGUUCGUUGGAUUGAUUAUUGAAUGCCUGUGAAUCACCAGGCCUGAUGAACAUGUUUUACGGACAUUUUAUGUGACAGAGUUUGUAAUAAUUACGGAGAUCUAGGCUUCAGACCGAUACCUCAGUUGACUGAAGACAGGGAAAAUAUACCAAUCCUCAACCAUGGGCUUGUUGAUGAGAAGGAAGAAAAAAAGCAAUAAAAACCAGUCUCUGAGAACCAGAAAGACGAAGGAAGCAUGGCUGUCCGCGCCGUCAACGAAACAGCUUAAUGGAUACAGUAGAGCUGCGGGAAUGGGCGAGUACUUAUGCAUUGGCGAUCAUGUGAGCCUCUAUUGCGAGGAGACAGAAGGAUACGCUUACAGCUACCAAUCGAGCUCCACCAACAAUGGCCUCUGUGUGUACUCCAACCAGGAUCGCAACAGACCCGUCAACAUUCCAAACCCUCAAGCUGUGGUGUUCCAAAUGUUCAUCCAGAACAGGUACAAACUCAACAAAAAAUACCGAAAAUGGCUUGCCUUGUCACAGAACCCGGAUGUUGCGGACCCGGGGAUCAAGGUCAUGCUCAACCAGGCCAAGAUGGCGGCGGAAGCUGAGAACAAAGACAACGAGGCGGAACAGAAGCGACAGCAUGGAAAGAGGGUGCGGUAUGGCGAGAUCGUACAGCUUAAGCAUACUUUCUCUGGGAAGUUCGUUCACAUGAGCACAACGCACACCAGUAUGAAAGACAAGAACAACAUGAAGGUAUCCAUGCACGAAUUCAAUGCAAAGAACGCUCAAUUCCGCAUCUUACCGCGCUACAAAGUCAAGUCGGAAGGCGAAGUGGUCCAGCUGUACGACCAGAUCGUGUUUGAGAGUGUCAAGUCUCCAGGCCACUACUUUCACACAAGCGACCCCUUCCAGAUCGACAACUUCUCAUGCGGGUCGGAGUUAAAUCUUGGCGUAGAGCGGUCGAGUUUUACACUCAUUGGAAGCAUGCGUGAAAACCUGGAACUGGACAAGUUUGUCAGGGGCGGAUCAGUGAUUCGAUUAUUCCACAAAGAGCUGGAGGCGUAUCUGGUCGCCGAGGGCCUGUUUGACGAGGUUGUCACUGAAGAUGUUCACUUCCGAGUGCGUGCAAUCGACCAGCAUCGUCCCAAGUCCCUGUCUCCAUCUACUUCCGGUAUCACCUAUUGGCAGAUCGAGGCUGAACACAGUAUUCUUGAUGGUGACGUACUGCGCUGGGAACAACAGAUUCGCUUACGUCACAUGCUGACGCGACAGUAUUUGUGUAUAGACUCCAGGUCAGAGGUCAGUCUCUGUCCUGACCCUUCUGACCCCAGGACGGUAUUCCGGCUUCACUCUGUUCUCAAGGAGCGGGAUGAGAUCCAGUUUGAGAGCUACGCCCGGAUCGAGCAUAUGUUGACAGGCUGCUGGCUACACGCACUCAAAGAUGAAGACUAUCAGAAGCAUCAGUACCUCGAUGGUGACAAUGAGCGUUCUAUGCAAGGGCUGCGCUGGGACGGCGCUGCGGUCAGAAAGGUGUCCGCCAGCAAUGAGAGCGUGUACGACGACGCCUACACCAUACAGCGGGUGGAGAAGGUGGACGUCGGCAACUUCAACUACGUGGCCGGCAUGGUGCCCUUCCUCUUCAACCUCAUACAGGACCGUCGGAGUGCAUCACCGCUGAAUGCAAGGAAGACCCACGGAAUACUUAUGGCCUUGAGAGAGGUGAAGGACUUCAUGCUGCCACACAACAAACCAGACAAGGACAGACAGAAGCUCAUGCGGAACUUACGGGUGAUCGACCUGCUGGUGAAGCUGCUCCAGUCCCCACUAAGAGAUGGGGAUGAGGAGGCGCAUCUUAUCAGGAUCUUCAAGGAGGCCUACGAUGUCCUCCACGCCUACAUGAUAGGCAAGAGCAGGAAGAACGCCCUCUACUUCGCCAAGUACAUCGACUUCUUCCAGACACAGUUCACGCAAAAGGGUGGUAUUGGCCUUAACGUGGCCUCUAUGAUUGUCGAGCUGAUCCGAGACAAGCGGAAGAUUGUGGACAGGAUCACUAACAACCACAUCGACAUCUUCAUCCAGCUGCUCAGGUCCAACCAGAAUUACCGGUUCCUGGACCUCCUGCAGGUGUUGUGUGUCUGCGACUGCGUUGCCAUCCCCAACAACCAGAGCUACAUCGUGCAGCAGUGGCUGCGAUCCUACAAGGACAGUGUGUACUUAAUGGACCGUGGUCAGAAUAUCAACAAGAAGCCGAACAUCGUCUACAUCUCUGUUGACGGCGGCUCCCACUGGGUGGCCCUGCAUCACUUUGUUGACCCCAACAGUUCUGAAUAUGACGAAGAGAAAUACCAGUUCCUGUUGCACCAACUGGAGCUCUUCCAGGCAUUCUGCUUUGGCCGGAAUGACUUCGCAAUCCAUGUGAUCACGCGAGAGUUCGGCUACGUGACGUGGGAGGAUGUGUUCUUGUGUAUCCAGUCCGAGCUGCUGCCAGACUCCAUCAGGGCCAAGUUCUGUGAACUCAUCAUAGGUUUGUUUGUGGACGUCGGCAACAACUACUCCGUGCUCGACAACCCCAACAUCUGCUUCGUCUACGAGUACGUAGGGUCCAAGGACUCGGACCGGGAACAGACUCAGUAUGAGCACAAGGCCGAACGACGGGACAGCGGCGAGGUGGUAAAGGACCUUGUCACCAUCUUCCCAGUGCUUAGAGACUGGUUAGCGGACUUCCUUGCGCAGAACUGUACCAUGACGGCAUCAAUGGUCGGUCUGAACCUUCUCGUAGAACAGGUUCUCCGGCUUCUGCAUCAUCUUGUAAAGUUCGGUUACUACAUGGAUCUGGAUGACGUCAGGAAGCUGCUGCCGCCAUUACUCAGUCUGUUGGACGGGCGGCAUGACGUCCCCUUUCCCAAGGACAAGGACAAAGGCAAAGGCUACUCGAAAGAGUCAAGCAAGUCUGUCGCCCAGUACAGAAACACAACCAGAUUCGAACAGAAUCAAGAAAUGGAGGCCAUCGUCAAUGCCAAAUACCAGGCCAUGUGGGUGCUGGAUCUCCUCCUGACAUUCCAAAGAAAUCUACGAUUGAAGGUUUUUGUCACCAAGUUCAAGUAUGGUGAACUCGGCGCCAAACAGGGCGCUGUCAAAAUCAAAAAGAAGUCCCAGACUGUGCUAGAACCCCUUCUGUACGAGACGUACGACCCUACAGACACGUCAAAGAAGGCGCUGAAAAAGCAGAAAGACGUGCUGAAAGAGCUGAAGGAGAUGUUCCACGCGUCCGCCAUCUUUGAUCUGGACAGCACCACUGCAGUGCUUCUGGAUCUGUCGAACUACAAGUCCGACAAGAUGGUGGUCAAGUCCCUGGACAUCCUGAACAAGAUGUACUCCUCACAGAACGACAUGUUUAAAUUGGCGCAGAGAGCACAGGUGCUACUUACCCACGACUCGGCACGUGUCCACCGCGAGGUUCAGAGGUCACUGCCAACUUUGAGACGUCUGUCACGUGCAAAGCUGAAUGACCAGCAGGUGAAACUGAUGAGUGAUGUCCUCGACGAAUUAGCAGAGUUCUGUCACCUCCCGAAGACUCCAGAUGAACCUCACCACAUGAAUCAGAACAUCAUGAUCAGUCACGGACUUCUGAAGAUUGUUCUGGACAUACUUUCUCAGGAAAUUGAUAGUCGGCUAGUUGAUCAGUACAAGGGGAUGGAGACGGUGUUCAAGAAGACGCUGUACCUGCUGCAGCUUUUGACCAGAGAGAACCAGCGCGUGCAGGAGCAGUUGUUUGACCAUCUGGACACCCUGCUCGACGUCCAGAUCGUCCGCUCAGAUCUUGCCCUGGCGCUCAAAGAGCUGUUCAUCGGGAACCAGGCUACCUGUCUGAAGGUGUACUCCCGUCAAAUCCAGAGGAUUGUUCUGUUGUCCGCGGAGAACCAGCAUCGCGCUCCAGAGUUCCUGGAACUCCUCAAGGUCCUCGUGAAGGUGGAAGGACUGGACCUUACAAUCAAACGCAAUCAAGCGCUGGUCAUGAAGUACAUUAUGCAAACCUUCAAGAAGGCAGCCUAUGUACUCGACCAGCCUAGAGAUCUCAGGGAAAGGAUCCUUACUAACAAGACAGAGCGAGGGCAUCUGACGUACUUCAUCAGUCUGGUCGACCUGCUAGCAACAUGCGCCGAGGGGGAGAACAAGUUCAUCGAGUCCCUGUGCCAGACAAUCCUGCCGGUGGAGGAGCUGCUGUGGGUGAUGAACCACCCCCACAUCGACACCAACCUCAAGAAGCCCUUCAUCAAGUUCAUGCUGUGGGUGUACAUCAAGACGACCAGCAACCUGGUGGAGAGCGGCGCGGCGGACCUGCAGCACGACAAGGACAUGUGGGAGUUUAUUACGUCGGCGAGCGGUGAGAUCAAUCAGCUGAUCGACUACUUCUCACACCAUCCAGACAGGAUGACACAGCUCCUCAAGUCUGAGCCCCCCAAGAGCUUUGUGGCCGAGGGACACGAUACCCGCGCCGUCAUGCACGCCGGGCUCUACUACAUCCUGGACGCCGUCAUGCCGUUCCUCCAUAUCUUCUACACUGUGUUCUACCUCCCGGACAAAGAUGUAUACCCCAAUGAGGUGUACGCCACCGAGAGUCUUGCCAACGCUCUCACUGCUCUGUGUGACGUCCUUGGUCCCCACAUCACCAGCCCGCAUCACAUGAAGAACAUGGUCACCUGCGUCACCACCAUCGUGUCCGUGUCCAACAGCUCAAAGACGGUCCUGGUGAAUGUGCUGGAGAAGCUUACAGGCGAGAUGAGGUUUGACAACAACACCAGUGCAGUCCGCAAGGGCAAUAUGGAGUACUACGCAUCCGAGUUGGAGCUGAACGCCAAGUUCCAUACGUUCACGAAGAACUGCAGCGUCGUGCACAGCGGGCACAACACCGUCAGUGCACAGCUCAAGUACAAGAAAAACAAGAGGGAGUACACGAUAAUAGGCGACAACGAAGAACUUCCUCUGGGCGAUGAGUUCCAGCACCUGGUCAAGUGCUUCGUCAACAGCGGCGAGAAGAAAAUAGCCAAGCGCUACGGCACGGCCUUCAAACUUAUAGAACAAUUAGCGAUCUCGGCAGGGGCCAAGCAGGCCAAUCAGAAUGUCCCCACCCAUUGGGAACUGGACGUCCGCUGUCUCCAGCUGCUCCGGGCUGUCAUCCACAACGAAGAGCGGAAACUACCUGAUGACUGGGACACGAGGACCAGCGAAACCAAGAUCAAGAAGCAGCUGAACCACAUCAAGGAUCUGCAGAUCGCCAUUAACCAACAGGAUGUGAUUGUGAAGGUUCUGCCCCACCUCGCCAGGAGAAACGACGAGAUUGCCCGAGAGGUGCUCGCCUUCAUCUGCAUCAUGCUCUUCAACGCCAACAGGGACGUGCAGAAAUCAAUGUUGGAGUACUUCCUGUCGACGCGCGAGGAGGUGUUCUUCAUGGCGGUGAGGGACCGGAUGCAGAUCUCCACCAAUUCCAUCAAGGAGAAAUAUUUGUUGCUGAAAAAGAGUCGGCGGAAAGGAGCUGGGCGGUCUCUGCUGGCACAACACGAGAGCCGGGUGAAAGAAGCACUGUCUAAUAUGACCAACUACAACACGUCGCUCACGGUUGGACGGAAGGCUUUGCAGCAAAUCCAGCUCCACGAACAGAAGAUGCGGAUGGAGGCACUUAGCGGAUGGCAAGCUUUAUGUCGAGCUGUCGAACCCCCGGAUGACGGUCGACUUAAGCGAAAAAGAACAUGGCGACGUAAAAGUAGCGAGAAGAAAAAACCUAAAUCCAAACCUGGAAGUGAGCUCCUAAAUGGCAUCCCGAAGGACAACGAAGCCCUGAUGAGUGACCACUCUGACAUUGAACUCGCUGAUGUCAAGGUCGAGAGUGGGGAGAGCAGGCCAGAGGAGGAGCUCGUUGCUGCUAUGGAUGAAGGAGUCCGGGAGAUCCUGGAGUACAAGGACGAGGGCUACAUAGAGCUGGUCCUGAAGGUGCUGGCCCGCAUAUGUGAUGGGCAGAACACAGGGCUACAGAACUAUCUACGGGAGCAGCCGGACAAUGUGAAGUCCUUCAACAUCGUGGGCGAGACGACUCAGUUCCUGAACGUCGUUUACACCACCAUCAACAACAAGACCAUCGACCUGGUCAUACAGCUCUUCAGCUCUCUCAAUGAGUUCUGUUCGGGCAACCAGGAGAAUCGCAGCGUCAUCUACGACAAGAAAGUCAUCGACUACAUCAACUUCAUCCUCAGGGCCGGAGAAAUAGCAGACUGUCCAAUAGAAAAGGUGAUAGAGCUGCAGCAAACCAUUGCCUCCCUCAUCAUCUCCCUCAUAGAGGAGAACGGCCCUGGAGCAUCUCAGGUGGCAAAGGAAGUGAAGGAUGCACUUGACAAGGAAGCAGCGUACAGAUGCAUGACGGUCUGUUAUGAAAUGCACCAAUCAGAGAAACCCAAGCUGGAGGGGCUGGUGCGUUCCACCGAAAACGGCGGUUACCUGCAAUCAGCUAAAUCUAUCGCAGCCUUUGGCGGAAGUAUACUUCAGGGCGUUGUGAAAGGGAAGAAGAGGAAUGCUCUUCGUGAAACUGUGAUGGAGGUCGGAUUCAGCUUCUACAUGAUCCUCGCGCGCAUGAUCGACAUCGACAGCCAUUUAGUAGACACCCUCAACCUCAGCCCUGAAAACCAACGUGCUUUUGACUACUAUAAGAAGAACUCGCUCUCCAUUGAAAUACUCAAAGAUGAUGUCCUCCAGAAGGUCAACUUCAGGGUCAAGAACAAGAGUGUUCUCAGAGAAGAAGUGAAGGAGAAACUGAAAUGGAAUGUGGACAGGUCGUCGCCUAGCAACAAGAUCCGGGACCUAAUGAAUUGGACACGUGAUAUCAUGGGUGAUAUCUCCUAUCAAAGGAAGAUUUUGAACAACCCAAUAGCAAAGAUGUUUACAAAGGGAUGGUUGCUAUGGAACUAUGGUGCUAUCAUUCUGAGCAUCGCCAUCAAUAUCCUCAUGCUGGUCACCUGGAAUGCCAAAUCGUCUAUGGAGGAUUGUGGGAAGAUUCUGAAGGAUAAUCCAGAGAACGCCACCCUGCUGUGUCCUGGAAUCUACGAUCCGAAGCCUCGUAUUGAAGGUAUACGAGAAGACCAGUACCAGAUAACGUUAUGGACGCUCGGGGGCGUCCACAACCUGUGUUCCCUGUUUGUCCUCAUCAGCUACUUCCUGUCUAACCACCCGCGACUGCCGCGAACAUCUGACAUCAAAUCAUACUUCAGGAAGCUUUGUGGGAGUCAGAGCCCGGAAGAGGAAGAGGAUUCCAAGAAGGACGACAAGGUUUCCAAAUUGGACAUCAACUUCUUCAGCUUCACCACAUUCUACUACCUGCUGUUUCUUGGUAUGUCCAUAGCGGGAACACUGUUCCAUGGCUAUUUCUUUGCAUUCCACCUCCUCAACAUCGUCAACAACAAUCAGCUUCUCAGCGGCGUCAUAAAGGCUGUCACAGUCAACGGUAUGUCGUUGCUGUGGGUGGCUGUGCUCGGUUUCAUCCUCAUCUAUAUCUACUCGCUCAUUGGUUUCGCCCUCCUCCGUUCCUACUUCUCCCCGGACGAAUAUCUCUACUGUUCUACACUCUGGGAGUGUACCGUGACAGUUAUCAGAUAUGGCCUCAUCGGAGAUAUGUUUGAGGAGAUCAAGCAGAACCCCAUGGGAAGCUCCUUCUCUCGCUUCUGGCCUCUGGUUUUCUACCAUGUAUCCUUCUUCAUCUUCAUCACCACCAUUGGUCUCAACAUCAUCUUCGGUAUCAUCGUCGACACCUUCUCAGAGCUCAGAGAUCUCAAGUGGAGAGCCGAGUCGGACAUGAAAGACACGUGUUUUAUUUGCAGCAGGAACAGCUACGAUUUUGAACAUCAUGGAAGGGGCUCCGACUACCAUGUGCGAUAUGAACACAACAUGUGGGCCUAUAUCUACUUCAUCAUUCACCUGGACGACAUCAAGGCCAGCGACUACACCACCCUUGAACUCUACGUCAGCAAACUGGCUUCCAGGGAGAGCUACGACUUCUUCCCCUUGAACCGCGCUCUGUGCCUGACCUCUGUGGACAUUGAUGCCACAGAGUCCAAGAUCGAUGACCUCCUGCACCAGGUCAACUGUAUCUCCAAGAAACAGAAGGAAGACGAUGCCGAAAGGAAACGGAAGGUUGAAAAGCUGAAACAGAAGAGAUGGCAAGAAAAACAUCGUAGAUAUAUUUUCGGUGGAGAUUACGAUCACGAAAGAGAACCCUUAAUCCCACCAUCCCGGGCAAUUAGCGAGGACAGGUUGUCAAGGGAACCAAGUGUUCUGAGGGAUGAUAGGCCGAGUGAGACCCCACGGCCCCACAAGUCCAAACGCGGAGAUGGUCGUGGAGCGAAAUAUCUUGCCCCUCCUGAAGAUUACUCUACGCCGAAGCCUAAAAAACCCUACAUCAGCUCAGCUAGAGAGGAGCAGGAUGAUGUUGAAGGUCUGAUUUCGGAAUCUGAGGAGUCUCAUUCUGGCAGUGACACGUUCCAGCGUGAAGGUUCCUAUGACAUCCUCGAUGAGGAUAUUCCUGUGAGAGAUAUGGCUCAACUGCCUCCACCACCCCCACCUCUCCCGCCUCCUACCAUCUCCCAGAUUAUCUCUGGCCCACUCACACCACAUGCACUCCCCCCUCCGCCCGUCUCGGCGUCUCGGAGAGUUCGAGAUGACGAAGAUGCAGAAGAAUUUGGAGAGGGUGUGGAGAGAACUACAAGGCUCUGAGGUUCUUGGGUAUGGAAUUUUCGGAAUAUUAAAAUAAAAAUGGUUAUAUCACGUGCAGCCUUCGUAACGGUAGGAGGCUAGAUAACGUCUGAAUGACAAGAAAGAGGUGUGGUAAAUGAAUCGGGAAAGUAUUGCAAUGACAAGAUUUCUGAGUAAAAAUGCAUGUCAUCAACUCAGGUUCAAUGUUGUUGAAAAUCGUCAUACAACGGUAACGUGACCAUUUCUUAAACGGAGAUGGAGGAAUGUCAGCUGCUGCAGAAGGAUUCUCCAUAAGGAUACCCCAGAACUGUGAUCCUAGUUUAUCCUGAAAGUGGCCAGAUAGCCAGCCCUUGAAUCAAGUAGGAUGCUCGAGCUUCGGAAUCUUCAUUUGUUCAGGACAUGACUGGAUAAACAGUUAGGUACUCUGUUCAAGAAGGAUGCUUGAGGGUAGUGAUCUUAAUUUGUUGACACAGUACCCUUUUCUGGGAUCACACUUUGUCCAGGAAGUGACCGGAUACAAAACCACUUUAUCUGUUCAAGAAGGAUACUCCAGAAUCGUCAUCCAAAUGUGUCGACUCGUACAGGCGCCCAUUGAGUAGAACGACUGUGCCUUGCUCUACUGAACAUAUGUACAAUGACUGUUAUGUUGUCCCUUGAACUUGGCUGGGACAUAAACACAGCUCCAGGGUCCUCGUGGUGAGGUCUCUGGUCUCCCGAAGUCGCCAUUAACAGGGACGUCUAUGCAUUUAUGAGAACUCUUCACCACGACAAGCGAUGGGAGAUACUAGUACUUGAGCGUGGGGUACACGGUCGAAAUCAACCAGUUAAGGAUCUAUAGUCCUGAAUAUUAAAAACCUGUGCUGUACAUUUGCUAGUGUAACAGACAUUUCUGUAAUUUGUUAAUUAGUUCCCAAGUGUAUAGUUUAAUGUGUCUUCCUUUCUAGACUAAUAUGUAGCUUGAUCGUUUUUAGUGCAAAGUCAAUGCAUCUGUCCGGGGUACAGAGAUCACCUCUUCAACACUGCUCGUCAUCAGGAAUAUGUGUUGACACAAUCACUGUAAAUAUACCGUGCUUGUCAUAGCAGAUGUAUUCACGAAUAAUAUUGUGUAUUGGCGCCAAUCUUCAGCGUAAUUGUAAUUAUCAGUGCUUCCAUAUCAGGGCCAUGUUCGGAGCAAUCCAAGCAUUUAGACCAAUAAAGCCUGGAUCAAAUGUGGACGGUAUGUCGAGUGCAGCGUUAAGGUCAUACUUUAACCUGAUCGUAUGUGUUCGACUCGGCAUCACCUUCGCCUUGGAUAUUUCGGAUCAUGGUAGUCUGGUACUCUUUGGCAAUUGACCCACAGAGACUAUGCUUAGGAUCAUUAGCAUGAUUCCAACGUGUCCUUGACAUUAUGAUGGAACUGGAAACAUCUGUUGCAUGAUACUGACAGGUCAAUCAGCUACUCUUAUCACAACUACUUCAGUCUUCCGAUUGAAAUGCAUUACUCCAAAAAACUAUAAGUAUUUUAGCAAUUCCCACUCUAUUAAAAGAAAACUUCAUUGCCAAUUUUCUCCCCUUCAUAGAACCAGUAUUCGCUGGUAAGGUAUUCGAAUCACAGAUUCGAACCGAUUAUGGUACUUGGCCUGCCAGUAUCCACAACAUGGGUCACUUUGGCUUUUUGCCCAUAUUGAGCUAAAUAUAUGAACUUAAAUAAAACUGAAAUACAGUUCAGAGCGACGUUAAACCAAACUCUCUCUCUCUCUCUCUGAAAUGGGAAAUCCUCAAACUAUUCACUGCGUGUAAAACCAGCACUCGUGUGAUAUAUGAAGCUACUAUAUUUCAUAAAUUAUGAGAAUUAAGUAGAUUAUGUGAGAAGUGAUCAAUACACAAGUCGUUGCUAAGAAACAAGAUUUACAUUAAUGUUAUGUUGCCCUGGCUGUGUAAUCCGCCUCCAGCAAGAUCAUCCCUUGCACUACCCCGUACUUGUUGUAAGCGAUCAUUCAGGUGUAUAAUUGUCUCCACAAUUCAUACCUUGCAGUUAAUUAAUAUUUGCAUGAACCGUGAAUGGUUACCUCACUAACUAUGCAGCACAUUCAUAUCCCUGCAUACAUUGUUUCCACUGUUGUACUAGCUCACUGGUCAAUAUCAGCUGGUCAUCAGUGAUCAAUCGUUACCAACUGGCUUGUCCAUACUCCAGUGUGACAUAAGGGACUGGUCAUUAAUUAAAGGGGAGGGGACAUUAAGGUUAAGUGAAGGCUUUACAAAUUAACAAAAUAUGAUAGUCCCCUACCCACGCCCUCACACAUGCGCCCGCCCCAUAAGAAAUGACCAGUCCCUAAUGUAUCCGGUUGUUGCUAUAGUUCACUUUGACUAACGACACGUGUUAGAAUCAGGAUGGUAUUUACAGUCAGCUUCCGCAAUAGGGAAUAAGGAAUAACUGUUUCCGAUAAUCAACAUCACAAUAUUUUACACAAAUACUUUUUCAAAUCCAUUAUUUUUUCUAUUUGAUAACUUUAUAAAUGUACCUAUUUUUCAAACAAAGGCUUCUUGUACGAAAUGAUAUAUAUUUCAUUAGAACAUGACAAGAUCUAUAGAUGUUGUGAGGUAUUUUUAUGUAUUCUUUGUGAAAUGAUUGAUUUUAGUCCCAAUCACACAAUUAGCAUGCAAGGUAAUGAAACAAAUUAACAAUUCCACCAUUUUUAUCUUUUAACGUCAUGUCCACAUGCAAUCUGAACAGAUUGUUAUUUUAGAAUAGAAACGAUGGCUAUAUGUUAUAGCCAUACGGUAGCCUUAAGGCCAGUAAUCUGGCUGUUUGACAUCACUAACGGGUUUACGGGAUUUCAUUGUACGACAGAGUAAAUAACCCUAUGUGAUAUUGUAGUGGUUAUACACUAGAACCUGCCGUACUUGAAGACAAGUAUGUUAUGGGAAUGAGCCGGUGGCCUUUGUUUGGAUGUAGAUUAUGUUUUAGUUGAGAUUCUUUUAUAUCUCAUUGUAAUUUUAUGUACAAUACGACUGAGUGCCGACGUUUUUUAUAAUGCAAUUGUUGUAAUUUUAAUGAUUGAUAUUUUAACAUUGUUUUUGUAUAUAAUAUUUUAUCAUUUGCCUACCUACUGCAAAGCAUUAUGUGGGUGUUGCCAUAGUAACCCAUCGAAACGCAGACAUUGGCGCCUCAAACUACUUAAUGAAUGAUGCCAGUCAGUAAUUUCUAAAACCGGAAGCCAUGCCCUUGAGUGGUUAACAUUUAUUAUUUUGAUUUUUAGCCCCAAAUUUUAAUUAAAAUUAUGUUUUAGAAAACAAUUCAAUCGCAUGGAAUAAGAACGAAAAUUCAACAUGUAUAUAUACGUACAAGGGAAGCUGCAUUCUUUCAAACUGGUUUGAUAUAUAAACAUGAUGGUAAAGGAAAUACAAUAAAUAAGUUUAUUGACAUGUUAUAGAAAUGAUCACAUUGCCAGCUUUAAUAUUGGGAAAUGGUGAAAUGUGUUUGAACAAAGGUCUUUACGGAAAUUGAAACUACGGUUAAAAACCUUCGAAAAACACCACCUUAGUUUUGCUCUUGGGGGAGGAUAGACACUCCACAGAACAGGUUUCGCUUCCCUAUUUUUAAUUGUGUAAAUCUCAUUCUUGAUGUCCUGGUCAUAAUAUGACGAAUAUUGAUAAAGGCUUCAUAUACGAUAAUCACUUAAGUACAAAGUUCAAUGGGUAAUGUUUGGGAGUAUUGAUGUAAAUUUAAACACAUGACAUAACUGGCAUAGAGACAUCAACAGAAGCACACACCAUUCGGAGCAGGUGGUGUGUGAAACAAAAACCCACUUGACCAUCCUACAUGUCCUGACAUGCGUGCGUGCGUGCAUGAAACGUUUAGUGCAGGACCUGGUCACAUGACCGAUCCCAGUCAGUGUAGAUGUAGGUGUUUGUUAGAGGUAGGUUAUUACUGUUAAUGCUGACUUGAUUGAGCUGCUGAAUGGUUCAGCGCCCUCCCGACCUCUGUAUAUAUAAUGUGGUAUUGUACAUCUGAUGUUGUUUUCCGAGAUUGUAUCAAGCAUGUGGGGCUGACGCCCUACUUCAAAUAAACAGACAUUUUAUACCAUG